UACGUCAUACUUCCGUGUUUACAAUUGUUGUGGUGCAAUAUACCCGAAUCAACAAGAGGUUUCAAAUAUAACGAAGAUAUUUAGUUCUAACUCAGACUAAAUCAGAGAACGGAACAGUUAACAUGGCUUCAAGUAUUCAGUAUCAGAAAGGAGAGAGGCCGGAGCUGGCAAAACAUGACAGUUCGGUCCUGGACCUGGCGUUUGCUAUGGACUGCACAGGUAGCAUGUCCUCUUACAUAAACAGUGCUAGAGACAACAUUAGGACAAUAGUGGAAGAGAUCGUAGCAGGCGAGAAGAGCGAUGUUCGUCUGGCCCUGGUGGAAUACCGAGAUCAUCCUCCACAAGAUUCCACAUUCGUCACAAGAGUCCAUGAUUUCACCCCAUCAGUGUCCACAAUGAAGAAAUGGCUGGACGCUUGCAGCGCCCAAGGCGGCGGCGAUACUCCGGAAGCGGUGGCAGACGCUUUGCAUGACGUACUCAAACUCAGUUGGCGGGAAAAUGCCACAAAGAUAUGUGUACUUAUAUCUGAUGCCCCGCCCCAUGGUUUGAACCCAAGUGGGGACCACUUUCCAGAAGGAUGCCCAGCUGGGCUGGAUCCUAUGGUUACAGUGCGGGAACUUGCGGAAAAGGGUGUUACUCUGUACUCGGUGGGUUGUGAGCCAGCUAUUAAUCAAUAUAGAGAUUUCUUCAUGGCGUUGGUCUACAUUACAGGUGGACAAUACGUUCCUCUAGCGGGAAGCAAAAUGCUUUCACAGGUUAUCAUUGGUGGCGCGAAAGAAGAGAUGUCCCUCGAAAAAUGGAUGGAAGAAGUAAAUGAGGAGGUGAAGAGAGAAAUGGAGGCUGGUAGAGAGAUUAACGACGAAGAGAUGUCGCGGGUGGUACACGCAAAACUGGCGUCAAAGGGAGCUGUUUCUCAUAAAUUAAUGCAAAAUAAAGCAUCAUUAAGACACGACAGCGAAGAUGUUAGAAAAUACUCAGAAAUCACCAAUAUGGCAGACAUACGCAAAAACUAUAAACUGGCUGCGCAUGCUCCGUCAAUGGCUCGAAGUGAAGAUGUUUACGAAUGUGAAGAAAGUGGACAUUCUAUGGCGCAAGCGAAAAGAAUGGUACAAAAAUCGAAAGCCCGGAUGAUGAAAAAAUUCUGAAGGAACAUCGAUCCCAUCAACUUUAUAUAAAUAUGUAUCUUUGUUAGAAAUUGAGCUGAUAUUAUGUACAUUAUGACGAUUAAACUACAAUAAUUCAUGUACAUUGUAUAUAUAUGCAAGUUGUAACCUUGGCACCUGCACUUUAUAUUAAUGUUGUAUGCAUUCAUGUUUUUUUUUAAAUAAGUACAUGCAUUUAUAUUUCGUUUAUAAUGCACAUUUGCAUUUAUUUUUUGAAAAUAUAUUUAUUUUGAAAUCUGUAUUGAUGUACAUUCAUGUGUUCGUGAAAGAAUUUGUACAUGAUGAUGUAUUGUCAAUUAACAAUGCUCAUUUCCAUUCUUAUGUCGGUACAAUAUAUCCCGGUGAGCUGAGAUUAUUACCACAUGGUUACAUCUUAUAUAUAUUUGGAUAAUUUACUUGAAAAAAGAUGUUAAUAGUUAUCUAACAACAAAGCUUAAUAAUAAACUUAAUGACAUUUUUCAUACUAAUUGUUAGGUCAUUAUUUCCACACUGAAUUGACGACGAAUUUUCCGUCAUUUGAACUUAUU